UCUGCAGAAUUUUUCCGAGAGCUCCUGGAGAAUGCAGAAAAGUCACUAAAUGAUAUGUUUGUACGGACCUAUGGCAUGCUGUACAUGCAGAAUUCGGAAGUCUUUCAGGACCUCUUCACAGAGCUGAAAAGGUACUACACUGGCGGUAAUGUGAAUCUGGAAGAAAUGCUCAAUGACUUUUGGGCUCGGCUCCUGGAACGAAUGUUUCAGCUGAUAAACCCUCAGUAUCACUUCAGUGAAGACUACCUGGAAUGCGUGAGCAAAUACACUGACCAGCUCAAGCCAUUUGGAGACGUGCCCCGGAAACUGAAGAUUCAGGUCACCCGCGCCUUCAUUGCUGCCAGGACCUUUGUCCAGGGGCUGACUGUGGGCAGAGAAGUUGCAAACCGAGUUUCCAAGGUCAGCCCAACCCCAGGGUGCAUCCGUGCCCUCAUGAAGAUGCUGUACUGCCCAUACUGUCGGGGGCUUCCCACUGUGAGGCCCUGCAACAACUACUGUCUCAACGUCAUGAAGGGCUGCUUGGCAAAUCAGGCUGACCUCGACACAGAGUGGAAUCUGUUUAUAGAUGCAAUGCUCUUGGUGGCAGAGCGACUGGAGGGGCCAUUCAACAUUGAGUCGGUCAUGGACCCAAUAGAUGUCAAGAUUUCUGAAGCCAUUAUGAACAUGCAAGAAAACAGCAUGCAGGUGUCUGCCAAGGUCUUUCAGGGAUGUGGUCAGCCCAAACCUGCUCCAGCUCUCAGAUCUGCCCGCUCAGCUCCUGAAAAUUUUAAUACACGUUUCAGGCCCUACAAUCCUGAGGAAAGACCGACAACCGCUGCAGGCACAAGCUUGGACCGGCUGGUCACAGACAUAAAAGAGAAAUUGAAGCUCUCUAAAAAGGUCUGGUCGGCGUUACCCUACACCAUCUGCAAGGACGAGAGCGUGACAGCGGGCACGUCUAACGAGGAGGAAUGCUGGAACGGGCACAGCAAAGCCAGAUACUUGCCUGAGAUCAUGAAUGAUGGGCUCACCAACCAGAUCAACAAUCCCGAGGUGGACGUGGACAUCACUCGGCCCGACACUUUCAUCAGACAGCAGAUUAUGGCUCUCCGUGUGAUGACCAACAAACUGAAAAACGCCUACAAUGGCAAUGAUGUCAAUUUCCAGGACACAAGCAUCACUGGCAGCACUGAGUUUGGUGUCCUCGAGCACUCUUCACACAUUCUCUCCAAGGUCAACGUUGUCAUCUGUAUUUGUUUAGGUGAUGAAUCCAGCGGCUCGGGGAGUGGCAGUGGGUGCAUGGAUGAUGUGUGUCCCACGGAGUUUGAGUUUGUCACCACAGAGGCCCCCCCAGUGGAUCCUGACCGGAGAGAGGUGGACUCUUCUGCAGCCCAGCGUGGCCACUCCCUGCUGUCCUGGUGUCUCACCGGCAUUGUCCUGGCACUGCAGAGACUGAGCAGAUAAUCCUGGGUUUUUGGUCAGAUGAAACUGCAUUUUAGCUAUUUGAAUGGCCAACUCACUUCUUUUCUUAUACUCUUGGACAAUGGACCAUGCCACAAAAACUUACCAUUUUCUAUGAGAAGAGAGCAGUACUGCAAUCUGCCUCCCUUUUUGUUUUCCCAAAGAGUAUCGGGUGCCAGACCGAACUGCUUCCUCUUUCCUUCAGCUAUCUGUGGGGACCUUGUUUAUUCUAGAGAGAAUUCUUACUCAAAUCUUUCAUACCAGGAGAUUUUCUUACCUUCAUUUGCUUUUAUGCUGCAGAAGUAAAGGAAUCUCACGUUGUGAGGGUUUUUUUUGUCUUUACUAUAAAAAAGGAAGAAAGAAAAUAAUUUUCCUUGUAAAAUCAGGCCAAACCCCAAGACAGCUGCAUUUUCAACAAAAAAAAGCAAACAAAGAAAAAUAAAUGAACUUUAACGCUGUAAGUUCAGCAUUGACAGCCAACUCCCAGUGUAAGCUUUUUUGUGACAAAUCCGGGUUUACACAAUGCUUAUGGGGAAAAAGCUUAAAGUUUGCUCUAAAUGUAGUGAAAAUGCACUGUUGUCUUGGAGGUAUCAUCUUGCACUCUAACCAAACAACACCAAAUUAACCUGGAGGUACUGAUACUAAAUUUGGAAUCCCGUCCUUAAAAUGAGAACAAAAAUUACUACAACUCAGCACCUCUCUCUCACCCUGCCCAAUUUCAAUUUAGUAAUGGCACCAUUUUUUCUUAAUUCCCUUAAUGUCUGUCCACUGUAUCCAAUUGGCACAGAUUUUCCCCUUCAUCUUCAAUUACUAGUAGAUGCCCCCAUCAAUUCACCUUCCUCAAGAGUCUCAAUUGAAAAUAAUCUUUAAUGAUACAAUCUCUGCUUUUGCCACAGGUUUGACAUUAACUAGACGUUUCUGCCCCUGUGCUCAUUACCCUCCCAAAACAAUAGCUUUUUUAAUGAAUCGACAUACAAUUAGAUCCAUUCCUGAGUUUUCAUUUUUAACUAUUUACUUUGUGUCAGUUGGGUUCUGCAUCACAAGGGCAUUCUCUUACAGAAUAACUCACAACAGAAAAAAAAGUCAAGACAAAAAUAUAUAUAUAUAUAUAUAUAGUAUUGACAUGGAGAUUUCUUUCACUUUUUUAGUCUUAGUAUGAUCAUCUAUUUUUAUAUCUAUAUAUCUAUAAAUCACAGAUUUUAACUUCUUAAUUCCAAGCUCAGGGUUGACACACCUUUGUAAGAAAAUGUUUUGUCAACCAGCUCUUCUUGUUUUGUGCUGCUCAAAGAAGGGAUUCCUCAGUGAUCUGUGAGCACCAAGAAUCAAGAAAGAGAACUUUUUACGUAUCUAACUGUCCAUUUAUUAAAAGUUUGCCAGGGCACACCCUUCUGCAUGAGUGUGUGCCAACCUGGGUGCUCCAGACUACACCAAACUCAUGGGAUGAGCCAUGGGUGUGCAGGGCUUUACUGGUGAUGGAAACUGUGUGUGUAAAGAAUGUUAUUCAUGAAAAACCAUUGCUUUCAUGUAAAACACCUUCGGCCUAGGACUCCUGCCUGGCACUUGGAUACAUGAUCUAACUCAAUAGGCCAAUUUAGAGCCACAGCCUAACCUGUUCACCAAGUAUGCCAAAGCCAGGCCCUAUGCUCCCCCUGACGGAGAGAAGCAAAAGAAACCAAACUGGGGCUUUAUGAAUACAGUUGACUAUCCAUAUGUUUCUUGGUUUUUAUGAUGCAUCUGGAGUAGGGAAAUGUUUCAAGACACCAUAGUAUGCCAGUCACAUUUUAAUUAACUCAUCGACAGUAUUGACACGUAAAUGGUAUUUUUCAAUCUCUGUUCUCAUCAAAAUUAAAAUUAGUUAUUGAUUUAGUCAUCACAUUUAAGUAGAACACGUGGCACAAUAGUAUUAAGUAUAUUUGAGCACUUUUGCAAGACAGAAAGUAUUUACAAGCAUCUAUUGCUACUUUAUGCCUAAUGAAAUAUAAAAUGUAGGAUGAUGAGAGACUUUGUGGCAUUCUUUCAUUUAAAACUUUAUGAAAUUAACAAUCUAGUUCACCAUUAUAUACUUCUAGAAAACCAUCCACUUCACUGCCCACAUUUUGGCUUCCUACCACGAAUUCCACGUAAGACUUCUCUAUGGAGGACCAGUCAUUUAUGUUGCUCAUUUCAUUCUGUGUUCAGAAGUCAGUAUUGUCUUUCUCCAAUAAUUAAGGUGCAAUACAAACUAAAUCAACCUUGAUUUUCGAGACUAUUUGAAUAAUAACUUGUCUUUAUGGCUUUAAACUCCAAGUCUUUCCUUUUUAAAAUAUUUCUGCAUUCUCUUUUAUGAACAAGAUCAGGAUGCCUUGUUUUUCCUGUGCUUUCAUCCCCAAAAGGUUUUGUGCAUGUGUAUAAAUACACAUAUUAAUGAAUGUGAACCCAUGUUCUAUACGCACUAAACACACAGAUAAUAUAUCAACGCCUGCUUCAUUUGUUUCAGCACCUUCAUUAUCAAUAUGAUUCAUAUUGAUGAGAUAUAGUGACGCCUAAUGAGCCAGGCAGAGAGCUGAAACGAUAUCAGUUAGUGAUGUCACAGUGUUAGCACCCUGCAUGGAUGUGGUCAAAAUGUCAUUCAAGUUGUACUUCCUAGUUUUUAUCAUCAUACUACUAUGUCUUAUGAUUUUCAGACUAAUUUAACACGAGAAAUGUUUUGGUCCUAAAGGAUUUCGUUUAACCUGGUUACCCUAUUUCAGUAAGUAUUUUGGAAUUCAACCCUGAAGUUAAUUUUUCUCAUUUCAGCAUAUUGAUAGGGGAUGCAAUGAGGCUUCAUUAUUUUUUAUGACCUGCCCCUCAUUUGCUCUGGUGUUCCCUAAAUUCUAUAAUCAUAUCAUAACUUUUGUUAUGAAUAGAGAGGAAUGAGCUCACUGAAAUCCGACACUAGAAAUUGGUGGGUGAUGCUCAUAACUGCAAACCCUUAGCUUAUUGAAGUGCCUCUAUUUACAUGUUCUUUAGUUAUAAUAUGUAUUUUUCUAACAGAAAUACACGUCUGUAAUUGGUAUAUAUUAUACUUUGUAUGUGUCACAACAAUAGCUAAACAGAGGCUAAAGUCUUUAGCAGAGAAGAAUGAAUUACAAAUUUACCAAUAAGAGCUCUGCUUAUGGUUCUGUAUUGAAGGACAACCAUGACAACCUUCUGUCACUUUCACGAAGGCCAAGUUGGUGCUUUGAUUAUACCCAUCGUAGAACGUUAGCACUAGAAAUCUGACUCCCUUACAAUGACUUACCUAGAUAGAUAGCAUUAAGUAACUUGUAUCACCUGCUUUAAAUGUAAGGGAUAGAAAAUACUAUUUUGUCUACACUGAAAAACACUAUUAUUCAUUGGUAAGUAGUAAUAAUUAUAAAAGUAACAUUCUUUAAAGCAAACACAUUGAAAAUAUUAUUACAGGCAGAACCCUGAUUUUUAAUUUAUAUUCCCUGCUGCAGACAUUAGCCUUCUCUAAUUCUUUUGCCAUUACACACAUGUUUUGGCUACAGACUGAACACCAACUAAAGUCCCUAAGGAGGAAAAAAACUUCACAUAUUCCUGAGAUGUGAUUCUUUUAUUACUUCUUUUUGCAAAGCUAAUUAUCAAGUGAUUUGAUUAAACGUAGAAGCGUUAGCAAUUGCAAGUUUUACCUAAAACUUGCAGAAAUUUAGACACAUUUCCAUUUACUUACUAACAGACCUGAUUUUUAUUUAAAAACACAAUUUAGCUUUGCUAACAGAAGAGUAAAGGAAAUCGUAACUUAUAAAUUUGCAAUGUGUUCCUCCUUGUUGGAGACAUUAGUCAGUGUUUAGUUUUAGACCAACUUACACAAACGAAGUAUUGAUUUGUACGCAUUCUGGAGACUUGCUACAUCAUGGUUUGCUACGGCACGGACUCAGCUUAGCAUGGGGACAUUUUGAACUUCAUUCAAAGUUGAGUGGUUACGGAACCUUUGACAUUGCCUUGUACAGAGGUACUUCCACGAAAAGACCCCUAACAAUGGCAUAAUAGUGAGGUCUCUCUGCAUAUACAUAAUAUAUAUGCAGGAUAAAUGUGUGCACCAAUCAAACCUAAAAUUUUAUGUGACUGUCAAAUGAAUAUUAUUUGGGUUACGAUUUUUCAUUUCUGAUUUGGAUAGAAAAUUGCUAUUAAUCUUGUAUUAAAAUAGUUUUUAAAAAUCUA